CGCGAAUUUAUAUAUAUAAAAUAUAUAUUAAUAAUUAUGGAAAUUGAAGAUUAAAGAUAAUAGAGACUCUCUCUUAUCGAGAAAUAUGAUUAUUAUACAUAUCAUGAGUUUUCUUUAAAGCCUGCAUUACUCACCCAUUAUAUUUAGCUACUGAAAGAAGAAAGGGAAUAUGAUAAAAUCGAUCAAAUUUUUCUAUGCUAUCUGCAUUAGUUCAACUAAUUUUAUCUUAGAGAAGAUUCCAUUUAUAAACAGCAAUAAUAACAAAGUUAGUAGAAUGUAUUGAGCGAUUAUUCAUUUUAGAAUAAUGAUUAGAAUACUCAUAAUACUUUUAAUUCUUUAAAACUGGUUCCUUUGGUGGAAAAAUAAAAAAAACUAAAAAGACUGCUGCAUUUUUUAGUGAUCAUUUCUUACUAACAUACAUUAAAUAUAAGAAAAUAUUUGGAAAAUGAAAAAAUAAGAGACUUUGAUGAACUUUAUUUUGAUUCAUUAAUUUUAUAUGCAAAGUCUAAAAAUGAUUAAGCAAGAGAAAAAUAGAUUCUUUGCUAAAAGUUAGUAUAUUUUAUUCAUUUUAAUCUAGAGGGUUAACUAAGCUCACAUAAAACUACCCAAGAAGAAAAUAAUGAAGAAAACGUUAGCUAGUUAAGCAAUAUAAUUCAAAAUGAAUCUUAGGUGCUAAGCAAGUAAGGAAUCCUUGAAUCACUCUAUGCUAUUUGCUACUAUUAUUUUGUCUAAGAAAAUUAUGAACAGGCUGAGUACUAUGUAAACAAAAUUGAGUUAUAACUACUUGAUUAAGAUACAAAUGAAGCUAUGUAAGAAGAAGAAUAAGUUUCAUACAAUCAUGAAAUUACUUCCUUUUUUAAGAAAGAUAUUUAUGAAGGCAUCAAAGAUAUUUGUUAAUAAGUUAAAUAAGAGAAUGUUUUGAAAAAAUAGUAAAUGGAAUAGGAGGAUAAUAUAUCAGAUGAAUAAAUAUAAUAACCAUAAGAUAUUUUAGAAGAAGGAGAUGAUGAAGGAGCAAAGCAAGGAAAAUCUAGUUUAUAAAAAAUUAGAUAGAAAUUAAGUUAAUAAGAAAGCGGGAUUAUUAAUAAUGAUGAUUUGUAAUAAGAAACAGAAGCUGAUAUAGAAAUACACUCAAGAAAAGAAUCAUUUUAAGAAGAAGCAGGUGAAUUUAUAAGAAACUCUAGGAAAAAUAGUAUUUGUAAAAUAAUGAGUCAAGAUAUUGAAGAAUAGAAUAAUCUAUAGUAUAGUAGACUUAGAAGCUAGAAUGAAGAAGAAUAUCGCUUAAUUGAAUAGGAUUUUUAUAACUCAUUUACUGCACUUGUAGAGAACGAAUAAGUGAAAAUUGCUGACAGUCUUCUCCAGUAAAAUUUAAACCAUCAGAAUAAUAUUGAUCUAAAAAACUAAAAAGAGUUUCAUGAGCUACUAUAUAGAGAAUUUUCAAGUGAUACUAAUCUCAGCUUAAAUUUAAUUACAAUAUAAAUUUAAACUGAAGGGUCUCAAUAAAACACUAUUGAAAAUUAUAUUCUAUAAUGUGAAGAUAUUAUAAAACAAAAGGGAAUACCUAUCCCAAGUAGCAUUUUUGCAUUUUUCAUGACUCUAGCUAAAGUUUAGAAAUUCGAAGAUAAUAUUCAAUAUGUUAUUCUGAGUAUAGAAAAUAUACUCAAAAAUUAUUGUUCAUAAAAUUAGCUUAACUUAGGAGUUAUUUAUGAUAAUUUAAGUAAGCCAGAAGGCUAUGAAAGAAAUGAAAAAAAAGAGGGGAUAGCAGGACUAAAAAAUUAUUAAGAAAUAUAUUCAGUGUACACUUUAAUUAUGCUGAAAAAUAUUUUCUAUUUAAGAUUAGCAGCUAUUUAUAAGAAAAAUUAAAAAGAUACCUCUCAAUUGUCAUUGAAUUUCGAAUAGCCUAAAAACGAUGACAUUCUCAAAAAUGUUUUUAUGCUAUGGAAUAUUUUAUACCAAUUUAAUUUGACUAAAAAGUCUUAAAUAGCUUAGUUUAUUUAAAUUACUAAUAACUAUACUUGUCUGUAAUUAAUAAAAGCAGUCAUAUUUACUUAUUGGACACGUUAUUUCCUUGAAAAGGCAUUUCAUACUUAAAAUAAAAAAAGAUUGACAAACAGUCCAUCUCAUCAAAUUUAUAAGUAUUAGUUUAAUCUUAAUUAAAUUGGAUAAAUCUUAGCACAAGAAGAAGUUUAUCUCUAAACUGAGUAUGAUUUUUUUAACUAUACUUCAACCUUUUCUCUCAAAUUUGAAGAUUUUGAAGAGUAUUUAAUGAUUAAUUCAUUAGCGCCUCAGUUUUCGGUAAAAAACUUUGAAGAAGAGGCUUUUGAAUUUUUGCUGAGCCAAAUAUUUAAGUAAGAAAAAAAGAUGCUUAAAUAGUACAAUAGUGAACAAACAAGCUCUAAUAACAAUAAAGGAGUAGAUCUAGAAGAUCAAACCUUAGAAAACAAAUUAUUAUUUCUGGGUAAAAAGGAACAAAACUAAUAUAAAAGUUACAAAAAAUAUGCUCUUGAGAAAAUAAGAUAUUAUUAUUUAAGUGGAAACUUUUCCAAAUCAUUAAGGAUGUUGAUCAGUUUGAUGAAUUAAAAUUUCUUACAGAAAUAUAAAAACCAAGAAAUAUUUACCAAAGAGAGUAUAAACUCUAUGUUAGCUACUUCACUAUACCACUAAAAAUGCUAUGUAGAGUGCUUAAUUUGUUUAUAAUUUAGUGACAAAGUUAAUUACUAGCAUAUUCAAAAAGUCCUUGAUAAGAUUAGUUAUUUCAACUAUUCUUAUGUACCUCUGCUAAUAAAUAUUACUCUCAUCAAAUAGCUAGUUAUCAAAUUCAAUAAAGAUUCUGUCUUAACAAAAAAAUUGGUAGAACGGAUAGAGAGUCCCGAGUGUAACCAAAACUACUCUGAUGGAAAACAUCAUAAAAUAAAAACAUUGCUGAAAAUAAAAUUCCUCAAAAAUCUUAAAGAUAAAUAAUUCGAAAUAUAGUAAAUGCAAGUUAUCAGCUCAUCGCUUCAAUCUGUGAGCCUUUCAUCAUAUUAGCCAGCCAAAUAACUUUGA